GCCGUUCGUCCGAGACGCCACAUCAACAUGUGCGCCACGUGGAUUUGGACGCGACGAACACGUGAUCUCAUAAACUCGUUCUGCGCGCUCAUCGUCGGCAACGAUGGCGCCUCACUUUGACCUCCGCGAAGAGCUCCAGGCAUGCGGGCACGACGACUAUGAGAUAGAACACGACCACGAACCUGAUGGCGACCUUGCAGGCUACCUCGAAGCCGCCAUAGAGCAAGUCGCGAGCAACAGCGACGCCAUCACGAAUCCCGAGAUUUUCGACGUCUACCGCAGCGUCUUGAAGCACGCGAACCAGGUCUACGGCCAACUCAUGACCAAGAUGCUCGACUCCAUCUGCUCCGGGUUGCAGAGCGACGUGCUGACGGCCAAGGGCGACCUCGAGGCGAUGGGCGAGGACGCAUACGUGGAGCACAAGACGGCGAUUGAGAUGUAUGCAUUCUUGCUCUGCUGGUUUGCGACGAUCGCGGAAACAGUGAAGCCGAUUGAGGAGGAGGCGGCGAGCGCGCCGGCACCCAAGUCAAAGCGUGGCCGUGGGGGAAAGAGCGCGGCAGCUUCGCGUUCGGCAGCGAAGAAGAAGACGAGCGAGUGGUCCUGGUCAGCUCAGAUCGACAAUGUGUUGAAGCACAUCAUACGCGUCCUCGGCCCGUCAGGCAUUCAGUCACAGAAGAUGUGGCCAGACGCGAAGGAGAGGGACGAGUUUAUCAACGCCGUCACUCGACCCGCAUGGGAGGUGGCCAAGAUCGAGGCCCACAUGAAAGACAAGGACGUCCGCGACCACUUCUACAAAGUCAUCGAGCUCGCCGUCACCCAACACGGGCAUGGCCCCGCCGCCCAAGUGCACGUCAUGUAUAGCCUGUCCAAUCACGAGCACCUCGCUGAGCGCAUGUCGGAGCUGCUUUACAUGAUAGAGAAGAGCGGCAACACGGAGCUCACAUCCAACGUCCUCGCCGACAUCUCCUCGCGGCACUUUCCUACGGAGGCAAAGGAGGCGAAGAACUUUCAGAAGUUCCUAGUUGCGCUCAGCAGCCUCGUCCCGCGAACGUUUGAGAAGAACCUCGCGCUGGUGACUAGUCUGCUCGAGGAGCAAGCCUUCCAGGUUCGCUCUGCCGUCAUGGACGUCGUCGGCAAUGUUAUCACAGAUAUUUCGACCAGGGAGGCGGAGGACCCCGAGCAGCGCAACAAGCAGCUGCGCGCGCACUAUGAGAUUCUUUUGGAGCGCGCCUUGGAUGUCUCCUCGUUUGUCCGUGUACGCGCCCUCGGUGUUUGCCGCCAGAUCGUCCAGAGCGAGCUCACGAAGCCCGCGUUUUACAAGACUCGCAUCUGGAUCAUGUCCGUUGCUGCGGAUGCAAUCAAGGACACGACCCCGUCGGUGCGGAGGGCCGCGGUGCAGCUCAUCAACGCGCUCAUCGAGUUGCACCCGUAUCAGGGUGGCGCGCACGGCGACGAACUGCGGCGGGAGGACUGGCAGGCCGAGUACGACAAGUGGACGGACAAGCUGCAGAGCAUGCAACCCACCGCUGGCCAAAUGGAGCUCAACAACUCGCAAGACGAGGAGGCGAUGCAAGUCGACGAUGAUGAGGAGGAAGAGGAGGGAGAGGGCGAAGCAGGAGACGAGGAAGGAGGCGAGCCAUCGUUGUCGAUGAACGUCGACGAGGAGGAGGAGGCCCCGCCUCCGCGUCCCAAGAAGGCUAAGAAGAAACCGCGUCACUCUCAGAUCGACCCGGACGCCGUCGCCGCGGUGGUAAACAACAUGACGAGCGAUGAGUAUCGGCAUGCGCUGCUUGAGCGGAAGCACGCCAAGGACGCCUUGACAUUCAUCGGGCAAGUGGAGGAAGUCGUCGAGCCUAUGGGCAACCUGCUGGGUUCUAAGAGUCGCCCAGAGGUCCUGGAGGCCAUUGGGUUCUUUGAGCGAGCGAAGCUUUGCGGGUUCAAGUGCGAGGAGGGUUUGAAGAAGAUGCUGCACUUGAUCUGGGAGAAGGACAACUCGACGGCGGCGCCUUCGAAAGAGAACGACGACGGUGCGGAGGCUAUUGACGCCAAGGGUAUCCGGCAGCGCGUGGUCAAGUGCUACCAGACGCUGUACUUCGAGGGCCAAGGUAACACUCAGAAGGAGGUCGUCAACAACACGACGAAGAACCUCAUCGAACUCACGCACGACGGCACGUUAGCCGAGCUGACCAGCUUGGAGGAACUCAUGCGCGUGUUCAUGAGCGAGAAUUUGGUGCAUGAUUACGUGAUCAGCAAGCUCUGGAGCGUGUACAGCGCGCAGAAGGCCUUACCGAGGCAACAGCGGCGUGGCGCGAUCAUCAUCCUCGGCAUGCUCGCAACGGCAAGACGGGAUGUAUUGACGGACCGAGUCGAUCUCAUGCUGAAGACGGGUUUGGGGCACCAUGGCAAGACGGAUCUGCUGCUCGCUCGGUAUACCUGUCUAGCUUUGCAGCGCCUGAAUGGCAGCGCGAAGAAGGUCAAAGGUUCCCUGGCCGAUAACACCGUGCGCUUCCCCGUGGAUCAUCCCAUCUUCCGCAAGUUGCAGGAGACCAUCGAACGUCCGUGUCGCAAGAUCGACUGGUUCGGGCUCGCCGAGCAAAUCAUUAACACCGUGUACGCGUUGAGCGAGCACCCGGACGUGUUCUGCAACGCCGUCAUCAAGACGCUGACCAUGCGCGCGUUUUCAAAGCGGGCGGCGCCGGGGUCUGCCGCCCAGGAUGGCGAGCGCGACGAGGAUGCGAUGGAUGAAGGGCCGGAUGGUUUCGGUACGCCGAACGAUGGCGCUGGGGAGCAAGGCGAUCUCGGGGAUGCGUUUGAGCUCAGCCAGUUGCUGUUCGUCGUGGGGCAUGUGGCGAUCCGGCAUAUCGCGUUCAUGGAGGUUGUGGAGCGCGAGUGGAAGCGGCAGAAGGAUGAGAAGGAGGCCAAUGAGAAGAAAGGCAAGAAGCAAGACAACCGCGACACGUCGAAGGAAGCGGAUGGGUUGGACGGCGUUACGGGCAACGCGGAGGACGAGCUUGGUGAUAUGUUCUUGGGGAUACGGGAGCGCGAGCUAUUGUAUGGGGAGGACUCUUUGCUCGCGCUCUACGGCCCUAUCCUCCAUCACGUCUGCGCUAGCCCUCAUAAGUACAAGAACAAGGUCCUACGCGCCGCGGCUACGCUCUCUCUCGCCAAGUUCCUUUGCGUCAGCAGCCAGUUCUGCGAUGCCAACCUCACUCUGUUGCUCAAGAUCCUCGAGACGUCAAAGAACGCCAACAUCCGCAGCAACAUCGUCGUCGCCCUGGGCGAUGUCGCCGUCUCCUUCAGCCACCUCAUCGACGAGAACAACAAUCACCUGUACCGCGGGCUGAGCGACGACGACAUUGUCGUGAAGAAGAACACGCUCAUGGUCCUCACGCAUCUCAUUCACAACGGCAUGAUCAAGGUCAAGGGCCAGAUCGGCGAGAUUGCGAAGCUCGUUAGCGAUCCGGAGCCGCGGAUUGCGGACCUGGCGAAGCACUUCUUCCUUCAGAUCUCGUCGAAGGAUAAGACCAUCUACAACAACUUGCAAGACAUCAUCAGUCACCUGUCGACGGGUCCGCGGGCGGUGGAUGAGCAAACCUUCGAGAGCACGAUGAAGUACAUCUUCACAUACGUCAACGCCGGCGAGCGGCAGACGGAUGGGAUCGUCGAGCGCCUCUGCCAGCGCUUCCGUCUCACGGAGGACCCCAGGCAGUGGAGGGACAUCGCGCUCUGCUUGUCGCUGAUCAGCUACAAGGGCGAGAAGAGCAUCAAGCGGCUGAUCGAGAGCCAGCAGCUGUAUCGGGACAAGUUGCACGAGCCGGUCGUGUACGAGCGCUUUGUCGCGAUCGUGAAGCAGGCGAAGGCGAGCAAGGCGGCGAAGAAUGAGAAGAACGAGGAGGAGCUGGCAGAGUUUGAGAAGAUACUGGAGGAGCAUAGGUUACAGGGCGAAGAGGAUCGGGAGCUGGAGAAGCGGGUGAAGGGGAAGAAGCGGCGGGUGUCGUCGUCGACAGCGAAGGCGCGGAAGCCGCCAUCGAGGAAGGUGCGGAUGGAGGCCGUGGAAGAGGAGGAAGAGUAAAGUGCUGCUUCAUGAUGCCGGUGCUUUUGCGUGACUCUUGGCUAGGAUGUAUCUUUAUUACCUGUUGUACUAUCUGUUUCUGUGCCGCAUGCUCGUCGCUCGUACUGCUGUUCAACAACAAUUUUCUACAAGGC